GCUGUCAGGAUUCAACGAUAAUGCUCUGUUUAUGAAAAUGGACAGGUUGUUUGUUGUGUGCAAGGUUGCGCGUUCUGGAGAGAUGAAGAUGCCUCGGAUGACCUCAUUUUUAUCGCGAGAUCCCUGCUCAACUGAAUCUUGCAGAGCACAUUAACCGGCAGCCUUCGACGCGUCCACAUCCCUGACGCGACGCAACAUCAACACCCCCUAUCGCUAUACACUCAAUCGUAACCUCAAUCGCAACCUCUACCACACUUGAAUCGCAAUGGCUGCCGCAACGUCUGCAACGGUGACGGUCGAUCCGCCAGCAGUGAAAAAGCGUGGGAGACCCAGGAAGGUCGUCGACGAGGGUGCUGCAGCUUCGGAGACGACUGCAGCUCGACAAGCAUCGACGAAGGCAAAGGCUGCCCCGAAGACCAAGACAAUAAAUGCCAUGAAGGAGAAGAAGAAGACUUUGACACGCGUGUCCGACUACCAAACGAAGAAAGCACCGUCUGCGCCAAAGGCUGCGCCAGCCCAGGCAAACAGCGCAGCGCAGGCCACACCUGUCACGCCGACAAGCAGCAAGAUUCUAGACGAGGUCAAGGCGGCAGGAGCGUUCAGCAAGUCGUCAGGACCAUCACCGACAGAGCCCGAGCAGCCGUUCAUUCCGCCUGUGCCUGGCCCUGCGCCAGUUGCUCCCAUCCUACCUGCUGCCACAGAAGCUCCUGUUGCCUCGUUGUCGACAGCAACAUAUGCCAGCCCAAAGCCUGCAUCAUCGUCGAUAGAGCCCGAGCAGCCUUCCAUCCCACCUGUGCCUGGCCCUGCGCCAGUUGCUCCCAUCCUACCUGCUGCCACGGAAGCUCCUGUGGCGAACGUAGACGCUGCGACUUCGUCAUCGGCAGCACCAUCUGGUCCAUCGUCUUCACCAAUUCAACAGCCUGUCGACGAAGCCCACUCCAGACCUGUCAUUCCUCCUACGACGUCAGCCCCGAGCGAGCGCGCAAACAUCAUCCCGCCAAAACCGCGCGCCACUACCAUCCCACUCCCACGUAGCCCGCUCACAGCACCCUCGCCAAUCUCAGAACCGCCCAGGCCGCGCAUCGCAUUCGCAGAACCCGCACCUAGAGCGCCGCGAACGCCGAAAUAUCCGAUCCGACUCAUAGAGCCCACGCCAGACACGAAGCUGCCACCAAAGUACAAGAAGGCAGCAAGGCAAGUGACAAGCAUCAUCGUGGGGAUACCCAUCAUCCUCGUGGUGGGCUACGAGCUGUACGGAAGAUGGAAGACCCAGAUCAACACCAAGUUCGAGGAGAGGGCAAGGAGGAAUCCCGGACCGAAAGAGCUGAGUGGGUAGAUACACGUAUAUACGAGAUCAACGAAGUAUUGUAAUCAUGUCAGAGUAUCGCUUCCCUCUCAUGUGUUGCAAUUGAUGAU